CAAAUUCCCCAGAGUUGAUGGGGAGGGGGAGUGCGGGGGAAGACAGGCAGGAAAGUAGAUCUGUGGGAUUUGCGUGAGGAAAAAGUUUGCAAGUCUGGACAGAAGGGAAAAGUACUCCCAAGAGACCAGUUUUGGGAACGGGAGGGGGGAGGAAAGAAUAGCUUCUUCUUUUCCCCCCUCCACUCUAUAAAAGCUUCUUUCUCCUCACCUAAGCUGACCUGCACAAUUGGGGCACCCUCGCUCUCCCUCUCAGGCUCUAUCUCUCAUCCUAUAAACCCUCAAGAUUAUGUCAAUUGGUCAGAGCCAGCCAGGGAUUUCGUGUGGGUGCUGAGGAGCUGCUGGAGCCGGAGAAGAAUGAAACUUCGUGGAGUCAGCCUGGCAGUCGGCUUGUUCUUACUGGCCCUGAGUCUGUGGGGGCAGCCUGCAGAGGCUGCGGCUUGCCAUGGGUGUUCUCCAGGAUCAAAGUGUGACUGUACUGCUAUAAAAGGAGAAAAGGGGGAGAGAGGAUUUCCAGGUUUGGAAGGCCAUCCAGGUUUGCCUGGAUUUCCAGGUCCAGAAGGACCUCCAGGGCCUCAAGGACAGAAGGGUGAUGAUGGAAAUCCAGGGCCACCAGGACCCAAAGGGAACAGAGGUCCUCCUGGACUUCCUGGAUUUCCAGGUACACCAGGUCUUCCAGGAAUGCCAGGCCAUGAUGGGGCCCCAGGACCUCAAGGUGUCCCUGGAUGCAAUGGAACCAAGGGAGAACGUGGAUUUCCAGGCAGUCCUGGUUUUCCUGGUUUACAGGGUCCUCCAGGACCUCCUGGGAUUCCAGGUAUGAAGGGUGAACCAGGAAGUAUAAUUAUGCCAUCACUGUCAGGACCAAAGGGUGAUCCAGGAUAUCCAGGUCCUCCUGGAAUACAAGGCCCAGCUGGUCCCAUUGGAAUACCAGGGCCAAUUGGUUCGCCAGGACCACCAGGUUUGAUGGGCCCUCCUGGUCCACCAGGACUUCCAGGACUAAAGGGUAAUAUGGGCUUAAAUUUUCAAGGACCCAAGGGAGAAAAGGGUGAGCAAGGUCUUCAGGGCCCUCCUGGGCCACCAGGGCAGAUCAGUGAACAGAAAAGACCAAUUGAUGUAGAAUUUCAGAAAGGAGAUCAGGGAAUUCCUGGUGAACGAGGGCCUCCUGGACCUCCAGGGAUGCGUGGUCCUCCAGGCCCUCCAGGUGGUGUGAAAGGUGAGAAGGGUGAACAAGGAGACCCUGGCAAAAGAGGUAAACCAGGCAAAGAUGGAGAGAAUGGCCAGCCAGGAAUUCCAGGUUUGCCUGGUGAUCCUGGUUAUCCUGGUGAACCAGGAAAGAUUGGAGAAAAGGGCCAAAAAGGUGACAUUGGCCCACCUGGCCCUCCUGGACUUGUAAUUCCUAGGCCUGGGACUGGUGUAACUGUAGGAGAAAAAGGAAACAUGGGAUUACCUGGUUUGCCUGGAGAAAAAGGAGAACAAGGAUUUCCUGGAAUACAGGGUCUACCUGGCCUUCCUGGACCUCCAGGGGCUGCAAUUAUGGGUCCUCCUGGUCUCCCUGGUUUUCCUGGAGAAAGGGGACAGAAAGGUGAUAAAGGUCCACCUGGAAUUUCUAUUCCUGGACCCCCUGGAUUUGAUGGACAACCUGGGCCUCCUGGCCUUCCAGGCCCUCCAGGCCCUCCAGGUCCUCACAUCCCUCCUAGUGGUGAGAUGUGUGAACCAGGCCCCCCAGGCCCUCCAGGAUCUCCAGGUGAUAAAGGACUCCAAGGAGAACAAGGAGUGAAAGGUGACAAAGGUGACACCUGCUUCAACUGUAUUGCAACUGGUAUUUCAGGGCCUCCAGGCCAACCUGGUUUGCCAGGUCUUCCAGGUCCUCCAGGAUCUCUUGGUUUUCCUGGACAAAAGGGUGAAAAAGGACAUGCUGGUGAAACUGGUCCGAAAGGAUUAAGAGGCAUACCUGGAGGUCCUGGUGCUCCAGGCUUUCCUGGACCUAAAGGUGAACCUGGUGACAUCCUCACUUUUCCAGGAAUGAAGGGUGAAAAGGGGGAGUUGGGUUUCCCUGGAUCUCCAGGUCUCCCUGGUAUACCUGGCACACCUGGACAGGAUGGAUUUCCAGGACUACCUGGCCCCAAAGGAGAACCCGGUGGAAUUGCUUUUAAGGGUGAAAGAGGUCCCCCUGGGAAGCCAGGUUUGCCAGGUCUCCCAGGGAAUAGAGGGCCUAUGGGCCCUAUUGGUAUUGGCCCUCCAGGCCCAAUUGGUGAAAAAGGCAUACAGGGUGUGGCAGGAAAUCCAGGCCAGCCAGGAAUACCAGGUCCUAAAGGCGAUCCAGGUCAGACUAUAACCCAGCCAGGGAAGCCUGGCCUGCCUGGUAUUCCAGGCAGAGAUGGUGAAGUAGGUCUUCCAGGUGAUCCUGGACUCCCAGGCCAACCAGGCUUGCCAGGAAUACCAGGUAGCAAAGGAGAGCCAGGUAUUCCUGGAAUCGGACUUCCUGGACCACCUGGUCCCAAAGGUUUUCCUGGAGUUCCAGGACCUCCAGGAGCACCUGGGACACCUGGAAGAAUGGGUCUAGAAGGCCCUUCUGGGCCACCAGGCUCUCCAGGACCAAAGGGAGAACCAGGAUUCGGGCUACAUGGGCCACCAGGGCCUCCAGGACUUCCAGGACUCAAAGGAACACUUGGUCCAAAGGGGGAUCGUGGCUUCCCAGGACCUCCAGGUCCUACUGGACGCACUGGAUUGGAUGGGCUACCUGGACCAAAAGGUGACGUUGGACCAAAUGGACAACCUGGGCCAAUGGGACCUCCUGGGCUACCAGGAAUAAGUGUUCAGGGACCACCAGGGCCACCAGGGAUUCCUGGACCAAUAGGUCAACCUGGCUUGCAUGGAAUACCAGGAGAGAAGGGGGACCCAGGGCCUCCUGGGUUUGAUGUUCCAGGACCCCCUGGUGAGAGAGGCAGUCCUGGGAUCCCUGGAGCACCUGGUCCUGUGGGACCCCCAGGAUCUCCAGGUCUUCCAGGAAAAGCAGGCACCCCUGGAUUUCCAGGUACCAAAGGUGAAAUGGGUAUCAUGGGACCUCCAGGCCCACCAGGACAGUUGGGAAUUCCUGGCAAGAGUGGUGUUCCUGGUCUCAAAGGUGAUGAUGGUUUGCAAGGUCAGCCAGGACUUCCUGGUCCUAUAGGAGAAAAAGGUGGUAAAGGAGAGCCUGGCCUUCCUGGACCUCCUGGGCCAAUGGAUCCAGAUCUGCUAGGCUCAAAAGGCGAGAAGGGGGAGCCUGGCUUACCAGGUAUACCUGGAAUUUCAGGGCCAAAAGGUUACCAGGGUUUACCUGGAGACCCAGGGCAACCUGGACUGACGGGAAAACCCGGAUUACCAGGAUCGCCAGGUCCUAAGGGUAGCCCUGGUCUCCCUGGGGAGCCAGGACUUACAGGACCACUUGGACCUAAAGGAAAUAUGGGUGAUAUGGGAUUUCCAGGCCCUCAGGGUAUCAAAGGUUCCCCUGGUAUUCCCGGAGUUCCUGGACAACCUGGCUCUCCAGGAUUACCUGGACAGAAAGGAGAGAAAGGUGAUCCUGGCGUUUCAGGCAUUGGUAUUCCAGGUCUUCCUGGCACAAAGGGUGAACCUGGUCUGCCUGGAUACCCAGGAAAUCCUGGUAUCAAAGGUUCUAUGGGAGAUACUGGUUUGCCUGGAUUACCCGGAACUCCUGGAGCAAAAGGACAACCAGGCCUUCCUGGAUUCCCUGGAACCCCAGGCCUUCCUGGAUCAAAAGGUAUUACUGGUCCUCCUGGGAACCCUGGACUUCCAGGAGAACCUGGUCCUAUAGGUAGUGGAGGUCAUCCUGGGCCACCAGGGCCUCCAGGUGAAAAAGGCAAACAAGGUCAAGAUGGUAUUCCUGGACCAGCUGGACAGAAGGGUGAACCAGGCCAACCAGGCUUUGGAAUCCCAGGACCCCCUGGACUCCCAGGACUUUCUGGUCAAAAGGGUGAUGGAGGAUUACCUGGCAUUCCAGGAAACCCUGGCCUUCCAGGUCCAAAGGGUGAACCAGGCUAUCCUGGUUUCCCCGGUGUGCAGGGUCCCCCAGGCCCUCCUGGUUCUCCAGGUCCAGCUCUCCAGGGCCCUAAAGGCAACCCUGGGCUCCAAGGUCCUCCUGGGAGACCAGGUCCUACAGGUUUUCAAGGUCUACCAGGUCCAGAAGGUCCCCGGGGUCUCCCUGGAAAUGGGGGUAUUAAAGGAGAGAGAGGAAACCCAGGUCAACCUGGGCAACCUGGUUUGCCUGGUUUGAAAGGAGAUCAAGGACCACCAGGACUCCAGGGUAAUCCUGGCCGGCCAGGUCUCAAUGGAAUGAAAGGAGAUCCUGGUCUCCCUGGUGUUCCAGGAUUUCCAGGCAUGAAAGGACCCAAUGGAGUACCUGGUUCAGCUGGCCCUGAGGGGGAUCCAGGACUUAUUGGCCCCCCAGGUCCCCCUGGAUUACCUGGUCCUUCAGGACAGAGCAUUAUAAUCAAAGGAGAUGCUGGUCCACCAGGGAUCCCAGGCCAGCCUGGAUUUAAAGGUCUAUCAGGACUACCAGGACCUCAAGGAUUACCAGGUCCAAUUGGCCCUCCAGGAGAUCCUGGGCGAAAUGGACUCCCUGGCUUUGAUGGUGCAGGAGGGCGCAAAGGAGAUCCAGGUCUGCCAGGCCAACCAGGUACCCGUGGUUUGGACGGUCCCCCUGGGCCAGAUGGAUUGCAAGGUCCCCCAGGUCCCCCUGGAACUUCCUCUAUUGCCCAUGGAUUCCUCAUCACACGUCACAGCCAGACAACAGAAGCACCACAGUGCCCACAGGGAACUGUCCGGAUUUAUGAAGGCUUUUCUCUCCUAUAUGUACAAGGAAAUAAAAGAGCUCACGGUCAAGACUUGGGGACAGCUGGCAGCUGCCUUCGUCGCUUCAGUACCAUGCCUUUCAUGUUCUGCAACAUCAACAAUGUUUGUAACUUUGCUUCAAGAAAUGACUAUUCUUACUGGCUCUCCACUCCAGAGCCCAUGCCAAUGAACAUGGAGCCCCUGAAGGGCCAGAGCAUCCAGCCAUUCAUUAGUCGAUGUGCAGUGUGUGAAGCUCCAGCUGUUGUGAUUGCGGUUCACAGUCAGACCAUCCAGAUUCCUCGUUGUCCUCAGGGAUGGGAUUCUCUUUGGAUUGGCUAUUCCUUCAUGAUGCAUACAAGUGCCGGUGCAGAGGGCUCAGGUCAAGCCCUGGCCUCCCCUGGUUCCUGCUUAGAAGAGUUUCGUUCAGCUCCUUUCAUUGAAUGCCAUGGUCGGGGUACCUGCAACUACUAUGCCAAUUCCUACAGUUUUUGGCUGGCAACUGUAGAUGUGUCAGACAUGUUCAGCAAACCUCAGUCAGAAACGCUGAAGACAGGAGACUUGAGGACACGUAUUAGCCGAUGUCAAGUGUGCAUGAAAAGGACAUAAUAUUUUGAAAAGGACAUAUAUAUGUGAAAUUCCCAGGAUGCAAUGUUUCACUCUCCCCAACUUUACCACUGUUGCCCAACAAUGGUGCUACUAUAUAUGACCAAGAAGACAUGCUAACUAGUAACCAUGAAGAUUCAUAUGUACCUCAGCAAUGUACAAGAGCAAGGUUGCUAUUAUUAUUCUACAAAAGAAAUAAGGAUAUGAAUUCACUUUAUGGGUCCAGGAUAACUUUCUGUAAGAAUUAUAAAAUGAAGAUUAUAUAUUUUGCCCAGUAACUAAAAUGGCACGUUAAAAAUUCAAUUAAGGGAUGAAUCUGAGUAAAAUAAAAGACUGAAAUUGGGAGAAGAAUUAUUUUUCAUGGUGCUACUAAUCCUACUCUAUCUAUGGUUUUUAAUAUAAAAGUGUUAAGCUUAUUUUGCUCUGUAAGUAAAGAAUGUGUAUAUUGUAUAAACAGCCGUUUAAAAGCUCACAAUGUUGAAUCAUUUAAAUGUGACCUGAUAUAAGUCAAUCUUUAUUAAAAAAUAUAGGAAACCCUAGAGUACAGAGAGCAGGGUUUUAUAUCCAUGUUUAUCAAAGUAAGAAAAUUUAUAUUGCAUGAAGUUACUACUGAGAGUAAAUUUAUUUUGAAUUUUAUCCCCUAAGUUCUUAUUUGACUUUUUAAAAUAUAGGUUAUUUUAAAAAGUCAUUGUAAUCAUAAUUUUAAAUGUUUGUGUUAUGUACCAAAUUAUAAUAUCUAAUGGAGCAAUUUCUUUUUUGCUAUAUUCUCCAACACACUCAACACCAGUUGUCCCCCAUUUUAAUGUUUCUUACAUUUUGUUUUGUUCACCCUUCACUAGGCAAAGUUCUCCUAAAAUAAUUUUGAGAAACAAAAAUAUACAAAAACGAUCAUUCUUUUCUGUGUGCUUCUUAUGCAAGAAUUAUUGUUUUAUAGCCUCUGCUUAUACAAGAACUGAGAAGACAAUAUUUGGUUAGUUUUCUCUUUUCAAUUAUAAAACCAAUUGAUGUUUCUUACUCUUUUUUAUUCUAAACAUUUUAUUAUAAAUAGUCAUAGAGUAACUGAUUUCCCUAGUUAUCAUAUUCUCAAUGCUUUUUAAACUCACCAAUAUCAAUUUCAUUAAAGAUACCAUAUGUUG